AUGCCAUUACCUUUAGAAGUUGGUAGUAUGAAAAUGAUUGAUCCAGAAUCAAUGGAUGAUUCUAAUGUAUCAGAUCAGAACAACUCUAAUGAUGAUGCUGGCAUACCUUACUUCUCUGAUGUUGAAGCUAUGAUAUUGGAAAUGGACUUGACCCAUGCUCAGGAGUCAUGCCUUGCAAGUGAAGAAGAUGAUGCUGAGUUGUUUGCUGCCGCUUGUUAUGCUGUAAAGACAACUUUAACUGCUGUAGUGGAAAUGUUUGAAUCUACAAGAAGUAUUAUGAGUUGGCUUGGUGAUUGUGCAAAGGUUAUAGCAGUGAAAAACUAUCCAGUACAAUGGACAAGUAGAGAUGCAAACAGGGGCGGAUAUUGGCGGAAACUGCAAAACCCGUCCUUGUACCCGAACUCCAGUCUCCAUAACCAUCCCCGUCCCCGCUUAAAACCUGUCGGAUUCGGAAAUGGAGAUCCCCACCGGGUAUAA